GGGAAGUUGAGGGAAAUCUCACUGGCUGAAAAGCCAUUAGUGAGAAAUGUAGAGCACUCACUACCAGAAACUAAUCUUUUGAGUUGGAAAAUGAGUGAACAUCAUUAUGCAAAGCAACCUUGUCCAUUUCCAACACUAGCUAGGGGUUUAUUUACAACAGAUGAUAAAAUCAUUGUCAGGGGUUAUGAUAAAUUCUUCAACAUCGCUGAAGUCCCAUGGACGACUUGGGGAUCCAUAGAGAAGUACACCAGUGGUCCAUAUACAUUGUCAUACAAGGAGAAUGGUUGUAUUAUAUUCAUAGCAGCAACAACUGCUUCCACUAUUGUCGUUACGUCGAAGCACGCCCUUGGUCCAUCAACCCAAGAAGGUCAACUCUCACAUGCUGAAAUGGGUCAUAAGUGGCUCAAAUACCAUCUCAAUAAAUCAGGUAAAACUGAGGAAGAUCUCGCAAAAGUCCUUUACGAGAAUGAGUGGACUGCCGUCUCUGAACUUUGCGACGAUGAUUUUGAAGAACACGUAUUGGGAUACCCACCAGAAAGACGUGGAUUGCAUUUGCACGGAUUGAACAAAAAUAUACCUGCUUUCUCAACUGAACCUUUCGAAAUCGUUAGCGAUUUCGCCAACCAAUGGGGAUUCAUAAGGACGCGAUCGCUCACUAAGAACUCAAUAAAGGAAGUUGAGAAGUUCACAGCAGACAUAGAAGAACAGGGCGGAUCUAUAGAUGGUGAGCCCGUCGAAGGUUUCGUCGUACGCUGUGAAAUAAACGAGAAGGCUAGGAAGGGUAUAAAAGAUGUUCCACCAUAUGAUCCCCAUAGUCCAUUUUUCUUUAAGAUUAAAUUCGAUGAGCCAUACUUGAUGUUCAGAGAAUGGAGAGAGAUCACUCGUGGUUUGCUCGCUCGCCAUUCUGAAGGCAAAACAGAUGACGCCGGAGUCAGGAAGGCAACCUAUCCUGAAAGUGUACUAUACAAGGAGUGGACUCGCGCAAAGAUUCACAGUCAACCAGAGUUGUUUGUAAACUUCGCCAAAAGUAAGGGUAUCAUUGCACUCAGAGAACAUUUCUUGCAGGAUUUAGAAACACAAGAAAACAAAGAGAAGCUAGAGAAUAUCAGAUCAACUUGGAAGAAGAAAGAAUCUACGAAGAAACCAAAAAAGCCUAUUGGUGAUUCCCGCCCAUUUGGUAAGACCCUCCUCGUACCGAUCGCUAUUCCAGGUUGUGGUAAGACUGCAGUGUCACUCGCUUUGUCUAAGUUAUAUGGAUUCGCUCAUACCCAAUCGGACGAUGUAAAAACCAAAAAGACUGGUCCAACGUUCGAGAAAAAUGUGGUUGAAUUACUCAAAGGUGACACGAAAGUUGUAAUUGCUGAUAGAAACAAUCACAUGAAGCAACAUCGUGAAAGGUUAAAUCUACUCCCAUAUGAGCAAAAACCUCCUCUUGAACGAACGCGUAUGAUAGCACUUUACUGGCCAGUUGACAACUUACCGAUCAAUUCCCUUCUCCGAAUCUGCAGUGAUAGGGUCGCAGAACGCGGUGAUCGCCAUCAAAGUCUCCGCGCAGAUAGUCAUAGUGCUUUACAUGAGGAGAUUAUAAUGAAUUUUAUCAACCAAACUCAAUCAUUCGACGCACCAAGCGAGAGUUUCGACGGUGUUAUUGAAAUGUCAAUAGAAGAUGAUCUCAGUGAAUCUAUUAAACGUGUCAUAAACGGUUUGAGGGGCUUGUCGAUUGACUUAAAGAGCAUAACUCAGGAGGAUGUCGAGAAGGUUGUCGAAGAAGUCUCAUUUUAUAAUCCUGAUUAUCGUCGUCCUGAUGAACUCAGCAGUUUAAAGAAGAAAGUUGGUAGUGGUCCUCGUUAUUUCGCUAUUGCUGUUGAGUGUAAACUUAACGAAAUCUGUCACAAUAUACUAAAGGAUUCGGAUGAAAAGGCGUUGAGUUUGUUCAACCAUUUAGAACAGAACGAUAGAAUUGCGAAUGUACCGCAUAUCACUCUCUUACAUCAAAAGGAAAUUGAAUCUACAGUAUCACCUCUUAAAGAAGAAUACGAAGAAUGCUGGAAAUUACUCACAACGGAGAAUCUACACAUUGACUUCGAGUUUAAGGUUGAUGAAUUGGUUUAUGACGAUAAGGUUAUGGCAUUAUCACUCACUGAGCUCACUGUAGUGGGUAAUGUCGAUGCAUCAGUCAAGCAGAAGAUGGAAAAGCUAGCAAGUAGUAAGGUAUUGCAUAUCACAGUCGGUACUGCAGACUCUACGAUCAAUCCCUUCCUAUCUAAGAGCUUGAUAUUGGAUUACAAGAAUGGUAAAGGCCAGGCGUCGGGUAUUUCAAUCGAAAACGUUAAAUUAGAAGGCAGACUUAGAGGAAUGUUUUAAAUUAUUUCAUAUAUAGAGUUACA